AUGGACUGGAAGAGCAACCUGAGGCGUACCCAGUCACUGAAAAGUGUCCCCUCAUCAUGUGACAAGCCCAUCUGGACGGAGACAGGGCUGCGGGACAAGACAGCAUCUGUGUCCCAGCUGGUUGCGAGUGGCCUGUUGGAAACUAAAGAGACCGCUCUGGAGUCUCUGAUGAAGAGAAAUGAGGAGAGGGAACGCUCUCAGGUCAAAACCAAUUUGAGCCGCAGCAGGUCAAUGGGGAGUCUUCAAAGCAGCGCCGGGUCUAUAGAUGCCCUGAAGUCUCUGUUUGAGUCAAAGGCUUCCACACAAAACAAGCUGAAGAGCAGUUUCAGAGCUGAAAAUGUCAUGUCACCAUCCAAUGCACCAAACACCCUGCCAGUGAUGAAUGGAGAGGUUGAAGGGGUAAAGAGAGCCACAGAAGAACAGAAAACCCACAUUCCUGCUCAUGCUUCUGUUAAUGCUAAACCUGAUGCAAAAGAAGAGAAUGCAUCUCGAAAGGUGGUGAAUCAGACCCGGUUGGAGAGAAGAAAAACAAUAGGGGGGAUAGAUUUUGAAAAAAUGGCAGCCUCUCAAGCUGAUGAAAAGAGGAGGUCGUAUGCAGACUCGUGGGACAGCUCCUUCAACCAAACCAAGGACCAACUGUGUAUCUCGGUCAAAGCUAUAUCUGCUCUCUAUCUGUCAAAGGUGGCAACUCAGGAACCAACACACAGCAUUGUAAAACCGAUGGCCGAAGACUCCCUACAAAAAAAAGAUGACCACCUUCUACCAACUUUAGCGAAACAUCAGCCGGGACCAGAAGACAUCUCUGGCCCACAUUCCCAACAAUUCAUGCAAUCCCAACCUUCCAAAGAAAUGUUAUACCAGCAGCGGCAGAAAUGUGAGCUGCGAAGGCUCCUGAAGCACACUCACCCGGAACUAAAGAUGUUGGAUGAGGUUGUGGACGAGGAGCUUGCUGAGGUUUUGAGCUCAGAGAGCGGGGUGACAGCUGCUGAAACUGGAUACGAGGGAGAGGUCCUUUCAAGACGCUUGAUAUUCGAGAACUCUGCCUUGUGUAGUAAAGUAUCUGCUUACUCCCCCAAGCUGCACAUGGCACAGGAAACAGCGCAAAGAGGCGAUGUCAGUAAAACAUCAGCUGUGUUUGAGGUGUCAGAAGAGAGGCCUCGCGCUGCAAGUGUUAAACCGACCGUGGAGGCCGACAAAACACUUGGUUCUAGUCCAGAUCCUGAGUGUGAAGAGGAGAUUGUAAGAAUAGAUGUUCAGGCUACCAGAAGGAUAUUUGAGAAUCAAUCUUUAAACACAUCUAAGCUAAAUCCAGAUAAUAAGUUCCAGGGGAAAGUUUCUAUUUUCGGGGAUGAGACAGGGGCAGUCCAAAAACGAAAACAGGGCUUUGAAAUGUGUGACAAACAAAGUCCACAGAGCAAAACCAGAAGCAGUGACACUGAUUUGACAGAACAGAGCCAUAAUCAAGGGUUGUGUGUUCAUGUUGGUCAGAGCAGUGAUCAUGGGUUUUCUGGCUGGGAAGAGGUUUCCACUGGUGAAACACUCUUUGAGGAUGAGCCUACAAGUAUUCCAGAUCCAGAAGGAUUUGGGGAUACGAUCAAAACGAGGGCAGCUCUUUUCCAAAACAACCCAUUUAUCUCAACAAACGUAGACAGACAGCAUCCCUGUUUAAAUACAGGAAAACCCCAAAUCCCAGCAGUAGACAGCGAGGCAGCUGAGAACUAUCUGACAGCUAAUGUCAAGAACAGAGCUCAUCUGUUUGAUUCAAUGCCAUUCGAUAAAAUCAGACAUCAGAACAAGGACGAAAUAGAAACAAUGGUGGAGAACAUCAAGGAGACAUUAAACUCCCUUCAUCACGUUAACACCAUACAUUCAGAUGGCUCAAUCAUCGAGGUGAAUGAGACAAUGAUAGCAAAAAAGGCUAAAUUCAUGCUAUCUGAGAGUGGGCCUAAGAUAAAAUAUGAUGAGGUGGCUGAAGGUGGUGCACAAAACUUCAUACUCCAGUUGGUACCACGGGCAAACCUAAAGUCUCAGAUCACUUACCUAAAGGAAGAUUGCAAAGGAAAUAUGGAGGCCACAGCGGUUAAUGUGCCUGUUCAGCAGGACACAGAGUGUAAAACUGCCAAUGUGGUUCAACUUGUUGAGGAUAUUCUCAAUCAAGAUAACUCCCUAAGGAAAGGAGUGAUAAUCCAGGAGGGUAUCAACAGAUGUGCUGAAGUAAUAGUUUACUCCCUUUACAAUUAUGUUGAUGAGAAAGAUGUGAAAAGUUACUGUCCUCCACAAGGGGACAGUGCAGAGUUUGAUGAACCAAAGACAGAAAGUAAGGAUGAGAGUGAACCAAAGAAUCAAGGAUUGAGAACUGGGGUUAUUGAAUCAACCAUAAGCUGCCUUAACCUCUCAAAUCAAACCUCUCAAGACCAAACCUGCUCAGGAUCAAACAGGCCUGAAGUCACAGUAAAGGGGAAUGUGAAACUGUUUAAGAGUUGUAUUGAAAAGGGUGAUCUGGAGUAUUUAAAGACUCUUCAGGCUGAACCGACAGUUCAAGAACAGGAAAUUCCUCCCAUCCAAAAUUUGGCGGGACAAGUCACAGAGCUUCAUCCUGAACAACAAGGUGACCAGGCAGAGGAUAGUACAUCAGAGUGGGUACCAGUGGAUGUAAAGAGACUGAAAUCCAUGUUCUCUGGAGAUGACAGACCAGUCCAACCCAAACAACCUACCACCAUCCCUCCUGCAUCCAAGGGUCAAAAUGUGCCACUUGGAAAUAAGCAGUCCUGCACAGAGAGGAAUAUCGGUGUCCUUUCCCAUGUGCAAGAAAAGAACAACAUCAAGGAUUGUGGCAUCCAAGCACAAGAACAACCGCACAGCUCUGAAGCCGCAAUGCAAUUUGAGGUGCUGGACGAUGACAGGGUCCACCAAGCUGAAUUAGUCGAGGUGAUAGAUGACAAUGAAGAAAUCCUGAACCUCAAAACAGCAAUCCAUAGCCUCCAACAGGCCACAAUGGAAGCAAAAUCUUUUUAUCAGUCAUCACAACAUAAACAGAAAGUCCAUGUUCAAGAAUCUACUAAGGAACCCAUUGCCUCAGGUAUAAUAUAUGAUGUCAACUCAGUGAAAAUGCAGAGAACAGAAGCAGAAUUACCUCAAGAAAAUGCACAAAAAGAGGAAACAGCUUCCAACAUCACUUCAGAACAUAAACCAGUAAAUGAAAAUGAGAGCACAUGCCUUCAAGAGAUUAACUCUGUAGAAAUUCAUGCUACUGAGACAUGCAGCAAAAAGGGUAAAACAAGCACAGAGGUGGUCCAGGAGCAACACUUUGAAGCUGCUACGAUGUCUUCAAAUAGUUCAGAAACUGCUGCACAGCAAGAGGAUGAGGAAAUAGAUUUUCAGGGUAAACUUCAAUCAGCUUUGGAUUCCCUGGAGAGGUCUAACAUUAAUGUUACUAGAGGAGACUUCAGAGCAGCGAUGAUAUAUAAAAAAUCUUCCAAAGAAAGAUCACAAAAUGUUGAUGUAGCGUCCAUUCAAAAGACAACUAACAACGAGAUUUGCGCAGUGACUGAAUCUAAAUCAAGUCUAGAUGUGGCCACAGAGCCCCCAAGACAAAGUGACACCCUUAAUAAACCAGCUGCAAGUGCUGCCUCAGAGAAUAGCAAAAGGCCUGUUUGUCCAAAACCAGCCAUCCCACCUAAACCUGAACAUUUGAAGAUGAAACAAAGAGACAGUCAAUCAACAAGCACAGAGACUCAUCAUACUCAUACUAUUAAAUCUGAAAUGAAAAAGCUUUUGAAAGAAAAUACAACUAUGGCAACAACAUUUCUAUCAGAUCAGGAUGAAAAUAAGCCAGAUUUAGAGGGUCAUGAACCUACAAGAAAUCUACUUUUUGGUGAAGCAUUACAAAUGCCCCAGGAAAUCCAAAAAAGCAGAGUCCAAGGUCCAGUCAUCACCUUGGAAAGUCACAAUACAGAUGGGAAUAUAAUUGACCGACAAAAAGAAAUAAAUGACACAGAAGAGGAGAAAAACACCCAGAACAUCCUGGUCAAAGAUGAUAUGAAUGAAACAGAUGAAAGCCCUGUAGAUUUCAAUGAAGCAUGCAAAAAAUUUGGAGGUAAAAAGACACUUUCAGCGAAGAAUGCCCCUGUGAAGCCAAAAAGAGUAAAAAAGCAUGACAACAAAAAUCCAAAGCACUCAUCUGGAGACCAUAAUUCAAAAAUUCCUGCAUACGUAGAGGCAGAACCACAACAAACUACUACUGGUCCAUCAGGCAGUAACCCAAAGGCCUGUGGACAAGGUGCUGACAGCAAAAACAAGCAGGAGAGACAAAUUAAACAGGAGGGGAAAGUAGAGAUGAGGGAAAAGAAAGGAAGAACAGAGACAGAGGAUGAAUGCCGGCAGCGGCUGUCAGUUCAUAUGGACGAGAUCAUGAGAGGGAACAUAACGGCAGCCAUGGAAAUUUUUGACAAUUUGCGAAAGCAGGAGGAACUGAAGAGUAUUCUCAGUCAAGUCGAAGAAAUCGAAGAGGACACAAGUGAGGUUGACGUAAGGUCACUGAGGAAAGUGUUCGAGGACGUCCCUGAUUGGGUCGUCGAGUCCAACAAGAGGAAACCAAAAAGUAUACAAGUAGAACAAAAAGAGGAGAGGUCGCCAUUAUCGAUGGACAAGAGUGAAAGCAAGUCCUCAAUGGCGCAUGUUUUUGGAGAUCUUGAGAGAGCCAGUGAGGAAAUUAUGAAUCUAAAAGAGCAGACUUUAGCCAGGCUUGUGGACAUAGAGGAGGCCAUAAAAAAGGCUCUUUAUUCUGUCUCUACCUUGAAAUCAGACUCAGAUAUUGCUGGUUUAUCAUGCUUGUUCAAAGAGUCCUUAGGGACAGUUCAUGGAUCCCCAUCUUCUGGUAACAUUAGUAAAAUUAGCAUCGGGUCAAGCAGAAAGCAAUCAGUGAUGACACAGGAGGGCCCGACAACACAGGGAAGCACAGCGCUGCCAGCUGGUCAGGGUGCAAGCCUUGAAAUAGCCUCUGCGAAACAACGAGCGAGUCCUCCAUCUUCACCGGCCUUCAUCUCCAUUCAGUCAGCUGCUCGAAAGACGGAGAUGCUGUCCCCAGAGACCACAACCUGCCCCACAUGUCAGCACAGCCCGAAGACUGAAGAGAAAUUCAGGACGACAAAAAUCCUACAAUGCAACAGCCCAGCUGAAAACGACCCUAGAAAGGGAGGUCAAAAACAAUCCAGUUAUAGCCCACUUAACCCUAAACAAGAGCUCAGUGUGCUUGAGGUGCAGGCUGAUGGUAAGGGGAGCGGCAUUUUAGGCAACAAAACAGUCACAGAGAACUAUGAGAGAACUGAUAACUUUGGUAACCGGUUUUUCUCCUCCAAAACCUCCACUGUUGUCAAUACUCCCCCAGAAAUAAUGACAUCAUCCACAGGUCAGGCCCUGAACAGUCCGGCUCAGCACCAGGUCACUAAGUACCCAGAGGUUCGGCUGCCGAUCAAUCAGAAACCCUAAUUCAACCACAGGGAGGGGGCUGUUUCUGUUUCACACCGAAACACUAAAUGCUGGCAAUGUUUUUCAUGUACUGCACGACAAAGUUGUCAUGUACAGAAAUUGAUUUCUUAUAAAUGAAUAUGAUGUUUGUUACUGUUUGUUUGUUU